GAAACUAGAAUUGUGUGAUGGACACAAAAACUGUGCUGCGGAAGCUUUUACCUUUUUAGGAUAGCUUACAAAUAUCGCCCACUUGCAAACCUGCGUAAACAGUGUUACAUAUGACAAAUAAAUGAAAGUUAGAUUAUUGUACAUUUAUUAUUUUAAAUGUAGAGUGUUAUUUAUUUGAUUGCUUCUUUGUAAAUUAAUAUUUAAGUGAUCCGUAAUCGAAGAAAGUGAAAGAAAAGACGGAAUUGAAUAUAUGUUAUGUAAAAGGUGUGUCCUUUGAGUAUGAAACAUUAGGGCGCUUGUGAAAUCUGAUUCCUCUUCAAUUUAUCUAUUGUAGAGCAUUACUGUUUACACUCUCAUUGACUAUAUCUUAAUAGAUAUUCAUAUCUGUUUAGUUUAUUGAAGAUAAGCUUCUUCUGGAUCUAUAAAAGAUGAUAGCUGAUGGCUAUCUUGUGGGAGAUGGCUCCUGGGAAUUACAUGUUCUGGUCACAGACCUUCAAGUCGAAAGGACUCUCAGGGUUAAAGGUGACCUUCAUAUUGGAGGCCUUAUGUUAAAUCUAGUUGAGGAAUUAGAUGUAGCUAUUGAUUGGUCAGAUCAUGCUCUCUGGUGGCCAAAAAGGAAUACAUGGCUAUGUCGUACAAGAUCUACGUUGGACCAGUGUGGCAUACAGGCUGAUGCUCUUCUGCAUUUUACUCCAAUGCAUAAAUAUUUGAAAUUGCAGUUGCCGGAUUUAAGGUUUAUUGACAUUAAAGCUGAUUUUUCAGCAAAAACAUUUACUGCUGUGAAGAAACUUUGCAAAGAGCUAGGGAUGAGGCACCCAGAAGAGCUUUCACUUUGUCGUCCACUCACUUCGGAUCAUUUGAAGAGGAAUUAUGCGAGAGGUGUAGGUUGCACACCUCGUCAGCGUAGUAAGGAACCUACUGCGGGAAUGAAUCUCAGCCAAAACAAUAAUAACAAGUCAGAUGGUUUUCUAACUCCAGACACAUCUGGAUCUUCUGGUGCUCCAUUGAACACAUCAUGGACUACGACUGAUGGCCGAAAUUAUUCACCCUCUACUGCUAUGUUUAAUGGUUCAUCAUCUUUUAUGAAUUACUCUUCUGAUUUUAACACUUCUUCCAAUGAUCUACCUUUGGCUCAUAGUCCUAAGAGUCCUUCUGAAGAAGCAAGGCAAUGUGUUUUGCGCCCUAAAUCUCUGGCUGAAAGGGCUCGUCUCAAUGCUGGAUGGUUAGAUUCUUCAUUAUCUAUAAUGGAACAGGAUAUUAGAGAGUUCGAUUGCCUUUUACUUCGAUUCAAGUUUUAUUCUUUCUACGACUUAAACCCUAAGUUUGAUGCUGUAAGGAUAAAUCAAAUCUACGAGCAAGCAAAGUGGGCAAUUUUAGCUGAAGAAAUUGACUGUACAGAAGAGGAAAUGAUGCUCUUUGCAGCUUUACAGGUUCAAGUGAACUUGCAGGCUAAUCACCCACAGCCAGAGAGUUACCCAGAAGAUGAAGAUGUUGAUGCAGCCCUCACUGAUCUUCAAGUCACCCUUGAGGGAACUUUGAUCAACAAAGGAAAAGUCAACAUCACAAAUGUCCCUGAACUCUCAGACUAUUUGAAUUUCAUGAAGCCAAAACGGUUUACUUUGAAAGGUUUCAGGAGGUUCUUCAUCACUCUUAGAGAUACCUAUCUGAAUCUUUAUAAAUCUAAGGAUGAUGGACCUGCACUUAGCAUAUGUUUAAAAGGUUGUGAAGUCACUCCUGAUGUUAAUCUCUCUCAUGGAAAGUAUGGUAUUAGAUUGGAAGUUCCCAACCAUGAAGGAAUGACUGAAUAUUGGAUAAGAUGUAAUUCAGAAGAACAAUAUGCAAAAUGGAUGGCAGCCUGUAGGCUGGCAGCAAAGGGUAAAACCAUGGCCGAUAGUUCUUAUGAUUUAGAAGUAAAAUCCAUUCAGGAUUUCUUAAAUAUGCAGAAGCCAGCACCUGCUCCUGUUAUCAGUCCUUCACAAAUUGAUAUUAACCCUGAUGACAUGGUGGCACCUCGAUUCAUGAAAAAGUUGAAAUCACAAAAGAUCAUCACCAGAAUAUUGGAGGCUCAUGCAAAUGUAAAAGAUCUGAAUUUAGUGGAGGCCAAACUAAGCUACAUCAAAGCAUGGCAAGCACUUCCAGAAUUUGGAAUGUCUUUGUUUGUCGUCCGUUUCGACAAUGGUCGUAAAGACGAAUUGCUUGGAAUAGCCUUCAACCGACUGAUGCGUAUGGAGCUCUCCAGCGGUGAUCACAUAAAGACUUGGCGGUAUAACACGAUGAAGGUAUGGAACGUAAACUGGGAAAUGCGCCAAGUGCGUGUUCAAUUCGAGGAGGAAAAUGUUGCUUUUAGCUGUCUCUCAGCUGACUGUAAAGUUGUUCAUGAGUUUAUUGGUGGCUACAUUUUCUUAUCAAUGAGAUCUAAAGAUCAGAACCAAACUCUAAAUGAAGAUCUUUUUCAUAAACUGACAGGCGGGUGGGUGUAAAGUCUUCCGUUGGAAAUGUUUUAAAAAGUAAGAGAGGUGCCAAUAUUGUUAUUUGUUUUGAAGACUGAUGUUGAGACUGUUAGUUUCUUAUACAUUUUAAGAGUAUAAAGCUUGCAAUUAAUUUAAAAAUUGCAUUUUAAGCCUGCAUUUUUAACCGAAAUGGUAGGUUGACUAUUCGCGGCUUGAUAACUGGAUUAAAAAAGAAUAUCUUUGUGCCUCUUUGAAUUUUCUUUUUUUACUACAAUCUUUUGUCAUUCUCAAGUUAAUACAUUUUUUUAUACAUUUUAAGAGUAUAACGCUUGCAAUUUAUUAAGAUUUACAUUAUUAACUGAAAGCAAAAUGUUGAUUAUUAGAAUUAUAAUAGACUAAAAGAAAUUAUAUCUUUUAAAUUUUCCUUUUUAUUGCUAUUAUUCCUUAUCCUCAAGUCGAGAUGCAUUUUGAUUACAAUUAAUAAUUGCUUACUUUUGUAAACCUUAUUUUAUUUAAUUUUUUUUAACUGCAGUAAAAGAUUGAUUAUUUGAUUCUUGAUAACCUGGUUGAAAACUUUUUGUGUCAAUUUGAAUUUUCAUUUUUAUUGAAUCAUUUUUCAGCGUCACAUUAAAACUGUUACUUUUCUUUUUACUUUUUUAUUUAUUCUUAAAGCUUGCAAUUAAAUACCCGCAUAACUUUAAAUGAAAGGUUGAUUAUUUGAAUCUUGGUAUCAAUAUUAAAAUAAAAUUGUCUCUUUGAAUUUCCAUUUUUAUUGCAAUCAUUUGUCAAAUUAAGAUUUUUAAUGUUUUCUACAUUUUUAGAGUAUGAAGCUUGCAAUUAAUAAUAAUUGCUUAUUUAAGUUUGUGUUUUUAUCUGCAAUCAAUUAUUGAUUGUUUGGCUCUUGAUAACUUAAUUAAAAUUCUUUGAAUCUCUAUUUUUAUUGCAAUCAUUUAGCCUUUUGGAUUCAAACAAUAUUCUCUCUUUUUUAAUGAGAUUGAAUUUUUUUAAAAAUUUGUUAAUGCUUUUAAACUUUUUUUUUUCUUUCUAGAAAUUGAGGUUAUUAAAAAUUGUGAAAAGUUAAGGAUCUUAAUGCAUUUUAUUUUUUUCUGCUAACUGUAUUUAAUUGCUGGCAACUUUUAAUACAGUGAAAAUUUUAAUGAAUUGAAAGUAUACUAUUCUUGGUCUUCAAAGUUUAUUUUCUUAUAUAAUUUUAUAAAAAAAAAAUAAUAAUUUACUGAAACCCAUAUUACAGAAUCAUAACUAUUGAGAAUUGAAUUCAUUGUAAAAACUAUUUUUUGAAAUCAGUGAGAAUUAAUGUGUGCUUUUUUGAAAUCAACAAAAAUUUAUUAUAUAGCUUUAGGCUAUCUAUUUUUAAUU